AUGAACAGGUUCUCUUCAAAUUCGAAAAUCUAUAUUGCAACUGCUGGCUUGAUCAGCACGCCCGGUUUGUGGUGGUUGACCGCUACAACGGAUGAUGUGCCCCGCCUCGAGAGUUCACCAACGGAGCACUUGACCCCUGAGCCGGGUCCCUCCAAAGAGGAUGUGACACAUCUAUUAUCGAAAGAAGCCUACUCCUUUCAAGUCAGGAGCAUUGCAGGCGUCAACAGAUACGAUGGCGCUCAAUUGGCGUCAAAUAGCCCUUGUGAGGACCGGUUCCUUCAUGGCACACUUUCCUCGCCGUGGAAUGAAAAUGAUCAAUGGAUGUCCUGGGGCGUCUUCGAUGGACAUUCAGGCUGGCAGACAGCGGACCUGUUGACGAAGCAGCUCUUGCUUUUUGUGCGACGCAGAUUGGCCGAAACUAAACCACCUUCAAACAAUGAGUCGGUGCCAAAUGAGUCGGUCCAGCGCGCUAUCAUGAAAGGAUUCGUGGACUUUGAUGACUCUAUCAUCAAGACUGCAAAAGACAUAUCUAAGAGCAAAGAACCUUUUCAAGACAAGGUGAAGAAACUGCUUCCUGCGUAUGCUGGUUCAUGUGCUUUGUUAUCUCUAUACGAUCCUAUCACAAGCACGCUACAUGUUGCGUGUACUGGUGACUCGAGAGCGGUUCUGGGACAAAGAGGACCAGAUGGAAGUUGGGAAGCAAUCCCCCUAUCAGUAGAUCAAACUGGCAGCAAUGAAGAAGAGGUCGCCCGCAUUUCCAAGGAGCACCCUGGCGAGGAAAAUAUAGCCAAAAAUGGACGGGUGCUUGGGCUCGCGGUCUCACGAGCGUUUGGUGAUAGUCUAUGGAAGUGGCCUAUAGAUUUUCAAAUGGAAAUGAAGCGGAAGUUCAAUGGCCCAGCUCCCCUGACGCCACGGUACGAUGUUCACACGCCCCCAUACUUGACUGCCGAGCCGGUCGUGACAAGCACUAAGAUCGACCCCAAUAAACCCUCGUUCUUGAUUCUCGCAACGGAUGGGCUAUGGGAUCAUCUCUCCAACAAGCAGGGUGUCGACUUGGUAGGGAGCUGGUUGGAGCCAGAGCCACAAGGAACCGAGGUAAAAAAGAGCAAACCAGACCUAACAGAUCGACAAUUUGAUUUUGGUAGAUUCUGGGAAGAUGUGAACUGGAAGUUUGUGGAUGAGAGAACAACGGCCCAGGAUGAUAAUGCUGCAGUACAUCUAAUGCGCAACUCCCUGGGUGGAAAUCACCAUGAGUUGAUAGCAGGUCGACUUGCCUUUGGACCUCCUUUUUCUCGACGGGUACGGGAUGAUAUCACCGUGCAGGUGGUUUUCUUCAAUGUCGAGAAGUAG